UAUUUUGUUAUUUCUACAUUUUUUCUUGUAAUUUUAUCUAUUUGACAUUGUUAAUGAAAGGAUAUUUAGAGAUAUGAAUCUUUCAAUGAGAAAAUAGAAGGUGUUUGUUUCAGAACAAAGAGCUGUCAAUGUGGCAUUAGAAAAAAACAAAACCAGGCUUGUACUGCAUCUGGUCCAAUCUGGACAGCUUGUAGACCAUCAAUGGGCCAGCAAGGAAGCACACAUGAUCGCCAUACUGUAGAUAUAGUACAUGGUAAACUAAAGCAGCAUUCCGAAAUACUACGAAGAAUUGCUAAGCUGUCAUACAAAGAGUUCAGGGACUCUCUCACAGAGUUGAAUGAAGUGACCUCAACAUUUACCGACCAGCAUGGGAAACAGCUACAUUUCAACAUAGUGUCUGGUACAGAUGAUACCAUCCUUUGGAAGGGUACUGUAAAAAUCCAGUGUAGAAAGGUUCUCCCAGGAACAAAUAGGGUAUGUUCGGUACGAGAUUUAAGUAUAAGACAGUACAUCAUGGUAUACAAGGAGAUAACAGAGCAAGUAGCGAACCUUCAACCUGCCACGCCGGGAGGGACAGCUGCCAGAAUAGACAUCUGUGCGUCUAUGAUAUUAGAUGAAGCUGAGCACAAAAGUCUGGAAGUAGAAGAUGAAUGUUGUAUAUGUAUGCAGAAUGAGGCAAAGACUAUAUUGCCAUGUACACAUAAAUUUUGUGAAAACUGCUGUAGAGAAUGGACGGAUACACACUGCACCUGCCCUAUAUGUAGAGCAAAAGUUGCUAGUUCUGCGGACACGUGGGAACUGACGGAUCCGCCGGAUUCUACGGAAUAUGCAACAGAGGUGCGUGAAGUUCUUGUGGGCAUUGCUGAUAGACAUUCCAGGAAUAAUCAGACUUAGCAUUGUGGGAAUUAUACUUCCAUAAACGCACCUUUGUUUUCAAUGAUACAACAUGUAUCUAGAUUGUGAUAAAGAUUUUGUAAAGGUACUUUACGAAGAUAUAAUAUAACAGUAUAUCUCUACAAAAAAAGGGAUAUACACUAAGUUAUUAAACUGUAGACAGUUCUGUUGACUGCAAUGAAAGUGUGUCCUGAGUGAAUUCUGCCAUAUUGUGAAAUGAUUUCAGGAAUUUGAAUAGAAGAAUUAGCGGCGAUAAUUAUACAGUUAUUGAAUUAAACACGUCUAUAAUUUUUAGCUCAUCUGAUUUUUUGAAAAAAAAUGAUGAGUUAUUGUCAUCACUUGAGCGGUUGUCGGCGUCGGCAUCUGCGUCGGCGUUGCCUGGUUUAGUUUUAUGUUUAGGUCAGCUUUUCUCCUAAACUAUCAAAGCUAUUGCUUUGAAACUUGGAAUACUUGUUCACCAUCAUAAGCUGACCCUGUAUAGCAAGAAACAUAACUCCAUCUUGCUUUUUGCAAGAUUUAUGGCCCCUUUUGUACUUAGAAAAUAUCAGAUUUCUUGGUUAAGUUUUAUGUUUAGGUCAAUUUUUCUCCUAAACUAUCAAAGCUUUUGCUUUGAAACUUGGAAUACUUGUUCACCAUCAUAAGCAGACCCUGUACAUCAAGAAACAUAACUCCAUCCUGCUUUUUGCAAGAUUUAUGGCCCCUUUUGGACUUAGAAAAUAUCAGUUUUCUUGGUUAAGUUUUAUGUUUAGGUCAGCUUUUAUCCUAAACUAUCAAAGCUAUUCCUUUAAAACUUGCAACACUUGUUCACCAUCAUAAGCUGACCCUGUACAGCAAGAAACAUAACUCCAUCCUGCUUUUUGCAAGAUUUAUGGCCCCUUUUGGACUUAGAAAAUAUCAGAUUUCUUGGUUAAGUUUUAUGUUUAGGUCAACUUUUUCUCUUAAACUAUCAAAGCUAUUGCUUUAAAACUUGCAACUCUUGUUCACCAUCAUAAGCUGACCCUGUACAGCAAGCAACAUAACUCCAUCCUGCUUUUUGCAAUAAUUAUUGCCCCUUUUGGACUUAGAAAAAUCAUUUUCUUGGUUGAAUAUUAUGUUUAAGUCAACUUUUCUCAUAAACUAUCAAAGCUAUUGCUUUAAAACUUGCAACAGUUUUUCACCAUCAUAAGUGGACACUGUACAUCAAGAAACAUAACUCUAUCCUGCUUUUUGCAAGAGUGAUGGCCCUUUUUAGACUUAGAAAAUCAUGGGUAGGACAAUAUUUCUAUUAUACAAAAAAAAUCAGAUGAGCGUCAGCACCCGCAAGGCGGUGCUCUUGUUAUAUUAUAUGCCCUUCUCAAAUGCACUUAUUUGACAGGCCCAUAUUUCAUACAUAUAAGAAACACUGAUACCACAAGAGUCAUUAUCACCUUUGCGGGUCAAUAUCGCUUUUUGCGGACCCGCGCGUGUACCUCUUUUGACCAAUCAAAUGAGUGCUAUUUAAGUAGGGUUUAUAAUAUAAUAUUGAUGUUUAUAUGCUUUUCUUUAUGAUUUUGUUUUAUUUAGGCCUCACCAAAUUAAAAAGUUGUUCAUUGGAUUUGCCGCUCGUAUAUUUUCAGAAACACAAAAAAAAGAGAUACUGUGGAAAUAUACGAAAGUUAGUUUUUCUUCUGUGUUCAUGGAUUAUUACUCUAAAAUUGACAAUCCAAAAGAAGAGAUCAACAUUCAUAGUUGUUGUCUAUUUAUGGUCUUCUUCGUAAUAAGUUGACCUAUCUUAAAUAUUUAGAAAUUCUCAGUUUCUGUAUUUGUAAAAAUUGUAAUAAUUAGCUUUAUGAGCCAAAUGAGCCGCGCCAUGAGAAAAACAACAUAGUGCAUUUGCGACCAGCAUGGAUCCUGACCAGACUGCGCCGAUGCACAGGCUAAUGCGUGGAUGCACAAACUGGUUUGGAUCCAUGCUGUUCGCUAAUGGUUUCUCUCAUUGCAAUAGGCUUUGAAACACACAGCAUGGAUCUUUACCAGACUGCGGGGAUGCGCAGGCUGGUCUGGAUCCAUGCUGGUAGCAAAGCCACUAUGUUGGUUUUCUCUUGGUGUGGCUCAAAUUGUGAUUUAAAAGUUCCUUGUGAUGGUUCAUUGUAUGGGGCAACACACUUUACCUGCAUUGAUUGAAAGAUCAGAACAUAUCUUGUAUUGCUAAAAGUAUACAAUUCAGUUGUUUUUAGCUCAACUAUUCGAAGAAUAUGGGGAGCUAUACUACUCACCCCGGUGUCGGCACUGGUUAAAGUUUUUAUGAAAUGGUAAUAUCUUGUAUACCAUCAAAGAUAUUUACUUCAAACUUGGAACACUUGUUUAUUAUAACAGUCUCUACCAAUAGGCAAGAGUACAUAACUCUUGUCAAGUAUUUUUGCUGAAUUACGGAUAUUUUUGGACUUAGAAAUUGGUUAAGAUUUCGUACAAGGCCAUGUUUUGUAAAAACUGACUGACAUGUGUCUUUGAAACUUUGCUUAUCAUCAUGAUCUCCAUCUGUAGGCAAGAGUACAUAACUCUGUCAACUAUUUUGGCUCAGUUAUGGUUCUUUUUGACAUAAAAAUCAGACCAGUUUCGCAUACCAUUCCAUAUUUUGUCUAAACUGUUUGAAACCUUGAACUCUGGCUUACCAUCAUGGUCACACAUUGGCAUAUAAUGCAAAACUUAUCCAGUUCUACAAAUACAGGUGCAUUGUUUGUCUUUGUCUAAUUUACUUUUCUUCUUUUGUAAGAAAAUCUCUGGUAAUAUUUUGACCCUAUACUUUAAUCAGUUCCACGAAAAGGCGAGUGGGCUGUCAACAGACAGCUCUUGUUCAAAAGCAUUACAACAAUUUACUCCUUCUGCUCAGUAUUUUGGUUGUUUAUAUCUUGAAAAAUUCAUACCUCAGUGGUCGCUUUCAUAGCACUUGCAUUUUAUAUGUCUUUGAUAGAAAAUAUUUGCCUAAAAGGUGUGAGCAAUUUGCUUUAAAAAGGGAACAGGGUAUAGCAUUUAGAUGGCACUUUGUAAAAUCUCAUUCCCAGGGAUGGCUUCCAUGGUGCAUACUGUGUAAUAGUUCAAAUAGUUUUCAUAGUUUUGACCAAAAUGUCUUUUUGAUUGAUAUAUGAAUUCAUGGAUUUAAACUUUCGAAGAUACAAUGAACGGGUAUUUCUAAGUGUUCGUUUGGGAUUUAUUUCUUGGUUCUGAUGCAACCAUGAAAUACACAGAUAUUAUUCCCCCACAAUUGUUAAUGAUUUCACAAUAUUUGAGAGAGGUCUGUACAACUCACUCUUCAGCUGCUCUUAUGAUAAUAUAUGGUGGUCUAGCUAAAGUUAUUAACCCUUAGCCUGCUGGCGGCAAGUGAUUCUGCCUUUGCGACCAGUGCAGACCAAGAUCAGCCUGCACAUCUGUGCAGUCUGAUCAUGGUCUACACUGUUCGCCAUUCAGUCAGUAUCUUUUUGGUAAACACCCCUUUUUACUGUUAAUGGUAUUGUCCAAAUUGAAAGAUGGACCAGUCCAUUUUAGAAAUUUAGCAGGCUAAGGGUUAAAGUUCUACUUAUUGUUAUAAGAACUAUGGUAGGAAAAUUUUUAAAAUGUGAAACAGACAGAACGCCAUGGUAUGUUUUGUUGUAACCAUGUCAUUUGGAAAUUUGUUAACGGAAUUAAGUAAAACCUUUAUUUAUUCAAAAGCUGCCAUUGCUGAACUAUUUCAGUUUUUAGAUGCUCUAUGGAUAGACAGCUGGUAAACUGUUAUUGCUGUAUUUAUAUAGUGAAAUCAGUCUAUGCAUUUUUCAUUUUUUUACCGAUGCUGUUACAGUUCAUGUUAUUAUUUUAUUACUGUAAAAUCAUUUAAUUUCGUGGAAACAAAUUUUCAUGGUAUUAGUCAAAACGGCUAUUUCAUUUGGAUAAGAAUUCAUGAAUUCCAGAUGUUGAAGGUAAAAGGAAUUGCUUGUUCAUUAGACUUAAAAUUACUAGGAUUCACUCAACCAUGAAAUCCAUGAAAAUAAGUUCCCCACGAUAAUUUAUAAUUUCACAGUAUCUUUUUGUGUAGUUUGUUUGUGACCUGUUUGUAGAAAGUCUUUGAUAAUAUAAAUGUUAAACAUUGUUGUCAUAUUGAUUUUUUCUACUAUAGAAAUUAAUUCUUAUACUAUAUAUGUAAUAAUAAAUAUGUAAUGAUAAAUAAUUUCAUAUAAUGGAA